AUAUUUCUGAAACUUCUGAGAAAGAAGAUGAUGAUAGUGAGAUGGCUGAUAAUAUAACAAUCAGUGGUGGAGAAGAAUCCUUUACACAAUUUCAUGAACCUAAUUUUAAAUGUAAUAACAAUGAUACCAUUGAUUUAACAGAACAAUGGGUGCGUGUAAUUCAAAAUUGGAUGGGUAUGAUUGGUAAGGAAAAUUUUUCAGAUAGUGAUGAGGCAAAUCUAUUAGCUUUUAUAGCUGUAGAUCGUACUAUUCAUCUAGCUGAUGAUCUGCUUGCAAAAUGGCAUCUUAGUAGCAUUUUCAAUAAUAGAUUUAAAUCGUCUGAAUUUGUGAAUAUAUUGAUUAAUUUAG